CCCGGCCCUCCUCUCGCUUCCCGCCCCCCUCAAGCACCGCCUCUCCCCGCCCGGCGACGCGAGGGGGCCGGCCCGGGCGGCGUAUGCGGCUCUCAGCGAGACGGCGGUGGCGGCAGCGCUGCGCCGUUCCCCCUUCCCCUCCUCCGUCCCCCUCUCUCCGCCCGUCCGUGAGACACUUGGUGCUUCAGUAUGGACCGCUUUGAAGAUGUAUCAGAUGGUGAAGUGGAUCAUGCUUUCUUUGACAGUGAUUUCGAGGAAGAGAAAAAGAAAAGUGAAGAAAAUGGUGAAUGUAUAGAGAAAGGAAGUACAAAGGAAGUGAUUCUUUCAGACCCUGAUUUGAUUGCUAAUUCAAAGGAUGCAAACUGUUGUGAGGAGCAAAGCAAAGAGAAGCAGGAAGAUUUGCAGAAGGAUCAGUCCCUAGAAAGCAACACAGACCACCCAGGGGAUGCUUCAUCUUUGUCACUUUCUCCAGCUUCAGAGAAUGCAGGCACAUCUGGAACGAUAUCUGCAGCAAGUAGGGGAACGCCAGAAAAUGUUCUUGCUGGAAUCCCCAAGAUAGUUAAAGAAGGUGAAGAAGACUAUUAUACAGAUGAAGAAGACAGUAGUGACGAUGGCAAAAAACAGAAGGUUAGACCAAAGUCUGCUAAGCAGUCUAACAAUGCAAAAAAGGCUAGCAAAAAAUACACUAAUAUCAGUUCUUCGUCCUCUUCCUCUUCUUCCUCUUCCUCCUCAUCUUCAUCCUCGAGCUCAGAUACGGAUUGCUCUGAUACAGAUUCUGAUAGCUGUUUGUCGGAUUCAUCACAUUCUUCCUCAAAGAGGAAUGCUUGUAGCGUGGCUCUUCUGUCUCCAAAACAAAAAUUCAAGUCAGCAAUAAAAGUAACAGAAGGAAAACCAAAGCCUGGUGAUUACUUGGAAGAGUCUGAAGACACGGUGACUGAUGUAACACCUCUGUCAACUCCAGACAUCAGUCCUAUCCAGUCUUUUGAACUUGCAGCUUCAAAUGACAAGAAAUUAAAAAUAAAAAGGCAAGAAAAUGUGAGCCAAGAACUAUAUGAUUCUGAGUUUGAUCGCAGAUAUAGUCGAAAAGUCUUGCAUGAUGCCAUGGACCUGAAUCAGCUUUUGAAAGCUUUUCUACAGUUGGAGAAGAAGGAACAACAAAAAAUAACCAUUGAUCAGCCACCGAGAGGAACAAGGAAAAAUUAUUCUUUCACAAAUGAAGAAGUUAGACAAAUCGAUCGGGAAAACCAAAGGCUGUUAAAAGAACUGUCCAGACAGUCCGCAAAGCCGAGGAGCAGAAGUACCACACUGAAAAAGUCAGCUCUGCCACCUCCUAAAUUGUACCACAGCGCCCUCAACAGGCAAAAGGAGCAGCAAAGGAUUGAAAGAGAAAACCUGGCUUUUCUGAAGAGAUUGGAAGCAGUGAAACCAACAGCUGGUAUGAGACGUUCUGAACAAUUAAUGGACUAUCAGCGCCAGAUGAGUUAUCUGAGUUCUUCACCAUCUGUAAAAAGAGGAAAGUCUCCUUUCAGCCAUCUUAGCCCUUCUAGAGGCACUUCAAGAGCAUCCACUGUACCAAGUACAAUGAGCCAGAAGACUGAAAAAAACACGUCUGAUCCAUCUGGUGGGGCAUUACAGAGACCUAAGCCCACAAAUGUUCGUGCUGCUUGGUUAUAAGUGCGUGCUACACCUCAUUUUCUGAGAUGUUCCUCAGAUUUCUAUUUUUAGUGCUUCUGUAAAUUCUAUGUGCAAAAAUAUUCUCUGUAUUGUUUAGUGAUUAAAAAUGCAUUGUAUAUGAUAUAAUUGCAUAUAAAAUUGUUUUAAGUAAACACUUUCACUUCGGUCAGUGUUUUCUGCAAGAGGAAGUAUUUAUGAAAGAGAAAGAGGUAUUUAAACAUACAGUAGAAAUCAUUAAUUAUUAUUUUAUUGACCAAUUAUUAGUGGAAUUUGUAUCCAUGACGUGGAAGGACAGAAUUGCUGCACUAUAGGACUUAAUUCCUAGAUAGUCGCUUUUCAUCCUGGCUUUAGGUAAGUCUCCUGAACUUUUAGGUCAUGUUCAUAUGACUGAAAGGAUCUUCCUUUUACAGCAGCCUAAAGGGAUGAAAAGCGGAUUGUAUAUUCCCGCAUAGUUAAUUAGAAUACAGAGGCUGCAGAAGGUGUUAUUCUCCCAUGGUUGCGGAUCACUCAAGGUGAUGAGCAUUUGUUUUGUACUCAAGACUGUGUCUCUGAGGUUUUCAAAGAAUUUUAGAAGUUGUAUUGGGACCUUUACAUAGGAAGGAAGCAUCUGAUGAUAUUUAAACACUACUGGAUUCAGAGACUUAAGUUUGAAGUGAACAACAGUUUCAGAUUGACUCUGAGAGUAAGCUUUAGAUAUUUCUCAAGGUAGAGAAUAGUAAGCAAAGGAAGUAUUUCAUGGCCCUGCUUUUGCAGACCCUUAACCUUCUCAGUGGGGAGAUAUAAGCUUGAGCUGCAGGAAACUUCAACAUCUGCUUUUGAAAGCAACUACUAAUCACCAUUUUUAAAGAAAAGAAUGUUGAAAACAGAAAUCUUAUGCUUCUUAACCUAUGGUUAGUGUUAUGUUCAUACCAAAUAUUUGUAGUAGUGUCAGGCUUCUUUAUCAAACAUCCAUUUAUAAGGGGAACAAAGUUUAAUGCUGUUGGCAAAUAGUAGGUGACUGGCUUUAUUUCUGUAUGUGAAGGCAAACUUUUAGUUAGCUUAUUUUUUAGGACUGUAGUCUUCUAAAGAGCAUAAAUAAGGAUGCCAGUGUCCAUGGAUAUUGUUGGAACCCUGCUUGCUUACCCAGCUUCUUCCCAGGAGAGAUGCAGGAAAUCUCUUUGUUAUGUAUAAGGAAAAAAGCUGUAUUCAAUAAUGCCAGGUCUUGGCCUUACAAAAAAAAAUAAUAAUAAAAAUUACAAUUCUUUGCUCAUGCUUGCAUGAGGGCUUCAGCUUUCAGGUAUUCUGCAUUGUAAUAGGCUUUUUGCUUGGUCCUAUAUGAUAGUUUGGCAGAGCUUCUGCACCUGGUGAUCUGCAGAUCAAACUUAGCUGUUUGACAAUAUAUGAAGUUUUAAUUUUAAGCAGCAUUGUGGCAAACAGAUUUUAUUACAAUUAUUAUUCAUUGAUAGGGACUGUAAGGCAUUUUUUUGCAUAGUGCUGCUGUAUUUAUUUGUACUCUUGUGCUAAUUAAAAUUAUUCACUAUUUAAAGAUUUUUGUCCUUGAAUGUGAAUAACAGUUUAAAUACUUCUGAAUGUUCAUAUAAUAAUUCUCUUAUGUAAAAGAAUUCACAAAACAGAUUACUUCUAAUUGCUGCUUCUUAUUUUAUUUAACUUUGGUAUGAAAUACUGUCAAUUUUGUAUGUCAUUUUUGUAAACCAUAAGAAAUAAAAUAUUUAACAUGAA